AUGGUUAAAAGAGCCAAGACUACUUCUCUUUCCGAGAAUGACGAUGAUUUAUCUGUUCUAAAUGAAAACGGUAAAAGACCGUCCGAAACAGAAAAUAAGGAGGGAAAAAAACGUUUAAGGAUAAAAAACUUGUAUAGACAGCCGACCGUGAGGGAAUUAAACCGUCUACAGGAGACCGAAAAUUUAUUUAACUCGAAUCUGUUUCGUCUGCAAAUUGAAGAAGUUCUCGAUGAAGUCAAGAGGAAAUUGCAAGUAUCGGGGUAUAUAAUCAGCAUGUUUGUUGCGUAUUUGGUACAAAUAAAGAGGAUCAACAACAUUAUGAGCAGCUAUCAGAUAAUAAGAAACAUUUGGAUUGCACUAAAAUCGUCAGAAUGGGACACAAAAGGUGUUUCAUUAUUUAAAGGUUCUUCACCAGCACCUUCUUUGGAAGAUUUCCAGCAGAACUUUCCUGUGAUAUUUGUUGACAAGUCUGGAUAUUAUAAUAUUUGUUGGGAUAUGCGUAAAGGAACUUACAAUGCACUGAGAAGAGAGUGCGGGAUAGCUAUUGAUAUGUUAGACAAUCCGAAGAUAAACAGUUUCAUACCACUUUUCAUGACACCAGUACAUAACUUAAUGCAGUUUGAUCAUAUAAUAAGGUUUAAAAAUCCCCUAAAACUCCAAGAGAGCGUCCUUAGUAGGAUUCCGAAUGCAUCAAGGGUCAACUAUGGUGUAAAUGAUCUAGCUCUGGUAGUGGAAACAUUAUAUGCUUUGUUGAGUAGAGGUUUGGGGGACAGAGUAAAAUUGAUAUUGCAGCUUGUUGAAGCAGACCAUUCAUGGCCUCUGAAUGUGAAAGCGAAAAACAAGGUUGAUAUUGAUUUGGCUUUUGGUUUAAUUUUGAACUCUGAAAAUGUAAUGAAUAUUGUGGAUAGAGGACCACCAGCCAAUCUUCCCGAAUCUGAAGAAUUCAGAGCGUUUUGGGGCGACAAGUCCGAGUUGCGCAGGUUCCAAGACGGCUCCAUCACCGAGGCCUGUGUCUGGGCUGCGGAGACCAUGGCAGAGAGGCGAGCCCUGCCCAAGCAGAUUGUGGACUACCUCAUGAGCUUCAAAUAUGGCGUGCCCUCGUCGCAGGUGUUCCACGUGUGCGACCAGCUGGACGGGCUGCUGCUGUGCAAGGCGGCCGGCGAGCAGCUGGAGGAGCGCUCCGUCCAGGUGCUCAGGGCCUUCGACGAGCUGCGCCGCGACCUGCGCGCGCUGGACCAGCUGCCGCUCGAGAUCAGCGCGGUGCACGGCGUGUCCUCGGUGUUCAGCUACAGCGAGCCGCAGCCUGGCGGGGCGGCGCCCCCGCUGCCGGGCGCGCGCCGCAAAGGCGCCUCCGCCCUCCUCAAGGACGUGCCAGGAGCCCGCCUCCCCCCCUACACCCCAGCCACUACUGCCAUCCUCGAACUAGGCCAUAGCGGCAAGUGGCCCGGCGACCUGGCCGCGUUCCGCUGCCUGAAGGCGGCCUUCCACGUGCAGAUCGCCGAGCGGCUGACGAGGCAGCUCUCGCUGCCAGCCCAGCCCCACCCCGGCCACCUGGACGUGCUGAAGGGCGGCAGGGUGUUCCGCCUCCGGCUGGCCCACCCCAAGGAGCUGGUGCUGCUGCAGCGCCGGAACGACGCUGGCCUGCUCCGCCACCGCCACAGCGAGGAGAGUCUGGACCUGCAAAGGGACACGAUGCUUCUGCCCCGGCUGAGAGGCGCUUUGCACGGGCUGCAGCAGCGGCGCGGCGCGUUCGGUCCGGCCGCGUGCCUGCUGCGGCGCUGGCUGAGCGCCCAGCUCGUCGCGCCGCCGCACUUCCCCGCCGUCGCGGCCGAGCUUGUCACCGCCGCGGCCGCGACCAGCUCGGCGCCGCUCGAGACGCCCGCUCAGCCGCUGACGCUGUUCGUGCGCGCGCUGCGCCUCAUCGCCGACACGGACUGGCCGCGCGAGAUGCUCGUGCUCGACCUGAACGACGACAUGACGCGUGAGGAGGUGGCUGAACUGGAGCGAAGGUUCAGCGAGCGCGAGGAGCCAACGCCAUACAUGUACAUAGUGACGGCGUACGACGGCGACCUGCCGUCCAUCUGGACGAGGACCGCGCCCACCAAGGAGGUGGUGGUGAGGGUCCAGACCCUCGCCAGGGCCACCCUCGCGUACUUCGAGGGCGCCCUGCUGAAGGACUUCAAGGAUAACGUGCUAAGCGCCUUCGUGCCCUCGCUGGCGGGAUACGACGCGAUAAUCCACCUGGAGCCCCACGCCGUGGUCUACUCGGAGGAGGUGGUCGGGGCGACCCCCACCCCGAGGCCGAAGAAGACGGAACUGCUGGAAGACUUCCUGCCCGUGGUCGAGUUCGAUCCAGUCGCUAAAUACCUGGACGAGCUGAGGAGCGCCUUCGACCAGUUCGCGUUGUUCUUCCACGACCCUUACGGCGGUCGCGUCAUUGGGGUUCUGUGGCGCCCUGGACUCGGCCAGCCGAUGGACUUCCAGAUCGCCAACGCAAAUGCUGUUAAGCCGGUGGCCGUGGACGGCGAAACCAGGUACGUGGUGAACAAGGAGGCAAUUCUCCAGGACUUCAGGAUAAUGGGGCGCGGCAUCGUCAGGGACGUGACUGUACCUCAAUCGAUGGACGCU